CUUUCUCCCUCUUUAUUUGGAUUUUGUAUUUCACAUGGACCCUUAUCUGGGCAUCUUCUUCCUCACUCCCUUCUUCCAAUCCUGCUGUGCUUGGUCAGUGAAUAAUUUCCUGAUGACGGGCCCCAAGGCCUAUCUCAUCUACUCCAGCAGCGUGGCGGCUGGGGCGCAGAGCGGCAUCGAGGAAUGCAAGUUCCAGUUUGCCUGGGACCGCUGGAACUGCCCUGAGAGGGCACUGCAGCUCUCCAGCCAUGGUGGGCUGCGCAGCGCAAACCGAGAAACUGCGUUUGUCCAUGCCAUCAGCUCCGCGGGCGUCAUGUACACGCUCACCCGGAACUGCAGCCUGGGGGACUUUGACAACUGUGGCUGCGACGACUCCCGCAAUGGGCAGCUGGGGGGGCAAGGCUGGCUGUGGGGAGGCUGCAGCGACAACGUGGGCUUUGGGGAAGCCAUUUCCAAGCAGUUUGUGGAUGCCCUGGAGACUGGACAAGAUGCCAGAGCUGCUAUGAACCUGCAUAACAACGAGGCGGGUAGAAAGGCUGUGAAAGGGACCAUGAAGCGAACCUGCAAAUGCCACGGCGUAUCAGGGAGCUGCACCACCCAGACCUGCUGGCUGCAGCUGCCCGAGUUCCGGGAGGUGGGUGCUUACCUCAAGGAGAGGUACCACAAAGCCCUGAAGGUGGACUUGCUGCAGGGGGCAGGGAACAGUGCUGCCAGCCGGGGAGCCAUUGCCGAGACCUUCAGCUCCAUCUCCAAGAAGGAGCUGGUCCAUUUAGAAGACUCUCCUGACUACUGCCUGGAGAACAAGACGCUGGGGCUGCUGGGCACGGAAGGCAGGGAGUGUCUGAAGAGGGGCAAGGCACUCAGCAAGUGGGAGAAGCGGAGCUGCCGGCGGCUGUGUGGGGACUGCGGGCUGGCAGUGGAGGAGAGGCGAGCCGAGAUGGUGUCCAGCUGCAACUGCAAGUUCCACUGGUGCUGUGCCGUGCGGUGUGAGCAGUGCCGCAAAAGGGUCACCAAGUAUUUCUGCGUCCGCAAGGAGAAGCGGGAGCGGAGCAGGGGUGCUGGGGCCAGCCGCAAGCUCAAGAGAAAGCUCUAACUUGAUUCUACUCUUCCAUGGUUCGUUCUGCCCCUCUCCUCCCCUGCCCUCCCCACCAGCCCCCAGCACCACUUCCCUUUGGCUUAGUUUUAAUCUCAUUCCCAACGCCACCUUGCUGGGGCUCAGGCAAGGUGAAGAGCUGGCACGAGCCCCUGGGCCUUGACAUACAGGGCACUUCCCAUCAGUGCAUGGGUGAUAACUUCUGGGAAGAGCCUCAGGUGUUGGCAAAGCAAGACGAGAUUUGGUCUCUUCGAUUCAGAGUCACUCUGUCCAGCAGCUAUGGUUUUACCACUGCAAACACCGGCGGUCUCAGUGGUUCCUGCUCCUUUGAGCUCGUCUGUUCCCCAAACGAGCACCUGCUCUGGGCUUUUGAGUAAGUGAGAUCAACACUUAGGAAAACACAGGGAAGCUGAGAUAGCACCACCAGAGCUUGGCAACUCAGCAACUUCAGAAAGAGAAGAGGCUUCUUAAAAAAAGAGAGGCACUAGAAUAAAGUUGUUACUGCAUUUAUUAAGCCCUGUGCUGUGAGGGAAUAGAAAAGGCACACAACUCCUUCCCACAGCCAGCCAGCCUCUGGGAGGCCCGCAGCAUUACCGCCCAUCCCUUGGCAGCUUUACUAAGCUCUCCAGGCCUUUACUUUCCCCGCAUUUGAGAUGGCAGCAGCAAAAUUGACACUGCUACUUGACCGGUUCAUUAAACAGCUGUCCAAAAGAGGAGUCCCAUCACUUGCUUUUUACAUGCUUUCUCUGUAACGCCCAAGCCUCCAGGUCUGGUCUCCCCAGCAUCCCUGCCAAAGCCCUUGCCUGAUGCCACAAAGAUGCUUUCACACUCCUCCAGUCCCUCUUCCCUCCCGAAUCUCUCCCAGAGAGGAGCUGCCAGCUGAGCCCAUUCCCCACCUCCUGCUGUACUUGCCAAGCACUCGUAACCUGUCAGCUAACUAACUAAAUACUUCCCCCUAGUCUGAGAAAAUAAUGUCAGUUACUAUUUAAUGGUGUUGUAAAUAGGAAAGUGAAGCACUUUGAAGUUUAAUUUAUUGCACAGUUACUGUGAUGUAUACGUAACAGUUUUUCCUCUACCGCUUGUUGUAUAUAUUCUAUAAGCUAAACAAGCAGCAGGAAGGUUUUGUUGAUACAUCUCCAUUCCCUCACCAUGGCUGGGGUAGGGAGGGAAGAAGCUGUCAGCUGCAGGACCUGGGGAAGGUCACCGCACAUCACAGUGACAUCCCCAGGCUGUGAGGUUAUCGUCUGCUUUGCUGUUUGAAGUGUCCUUUGGCCAGAUGAGAAGCCAGCAGAGCUAAGUUACUGGCUAUUAGACCUAUCUUGUAGCCAAUAUUUGUAAACCAAUAGCCAAUGCAAUAAACCAGUAGCCAAGUGCUUGCAAAA